CAAAACAGAAGUUAACAGCACCAAAGAAGGAAAGGAUCUCAAUCGAAAUCCGCAUAAAAUUUGGCAAAUAUUGUUCUUGUAAAGAGUGUUUCUUCAACUCUUGCCUAGUUACCUUUCUAUUUUAAGCUUUCGAGGUUUCUUCUUCAUCUAAGCUCGACGUCAUUCUUCAAUUACAGGAGAAAAACAGCUUUCGAGGCUUUUAAAUUUUAGCCCUCAUGAACGGAGAAAAUGGGGAGGUUGGCGACAGUGAAGAGCCCGUGCCUCUUCCGACUUGGAGAAGCAACUUACAUAGCAAGUUUCAGUACUACUUGGAUAGAUCAGUGCCUCAUCUGUUGCGGAGAUGGCUUAUGACGAUAGGGGUGGCAAUGAUCUAUACUCUGAGGGUCUAUUGGGUCAAGGGUUUCCAUGUUGUGUCCUAUGGUUUGGCCACUUAUGUACUGAAUUUGUUGAUCGGGUUUUUGUCGCCAAAUGUUGAUCCAGAGCUGGAAGGACUAGAUGGAGCUUCCUCUCCACGCAAAGAUGGUGAUGCAUAUAGGCCUUUUGAGAGACGUGUGCCUGAGUUUCGAUUUUGGUAUGCCAUCACCAAGGCUUUUAUAGUUGCAUUUGUAUUGACCUUCAUAUCUGUGCUGGAUGUACCGGUGUUCUGGCCAAUAUUGUCAAGCUAUUGGGGCUUUCUCUUUGUGCUCACAACGAAGCGUCAAAUUGUACAUAUGAUCAAAUACAAGUACAAUCCUUUCAGGAUUGGAAAGCCGAAGUAUAAGGGGAACUAGUCGUCAACUAGCAGCGGUGGAAUAGCUAGAGAUGAUUAAGCACAUGGGAGUGACCAGAGAUUGAAGAAAGCAAGAUACUUGUUUAUUUUGAGGUCACAUUGACAUUUAGCGGGUUAUAUUGAAUUCUAGUCAUGUACUUACAAUCGAAUUGACUUACUAGUUACUAAUUGUAAACACGUUCUUGUACAUAUAUAGUCAUUUCAUUGUCCUUUUCAA